CUAAUCUUCCUUGUUCGUAAAAAAAUUGAUCGAACAAUUCCUUGUAAUUUCUUUGUUUGUGCGUUUGGAAUUCAAGAUUUUGAUUGUUCGGCGUGGCGUUCUUGGCGAUGAAAUCUUAGUUUUUGAUGUUCUGAUCUGACGACCAAAAGAAAAAGACUGUGAAAGAAAAAACCCCUAAUAAUUUAGGGAUUUUGAAUAUGGAUGCCAAGGACAUUUUGGGAUUGCCCAAAACUCCAUUGCCUUUACCGCAGGAAAAGAAGUCCAGACCCCAGAAAGAUUCUCAAAGAAAACCUGAUGGCAUUUCGCGUGAGGUUUAUGCGCUUACUGGUGGUUUGGCUCCUCUUAUGCCUUCCAUUGAUGUUGCUAAACUGAAGCGGCGCACUCAAUCACAGAACGAGAAGAUUACUUGGCAAUGGCUUCCUUUUUCAAAUUCAGCUCAAAAAGAUAAUUUGCAGCUUUACCACUGGGUCAGAGUUGUAAAUGUUGUUCCUCCUACAGGUGACUAUUCCUUUGCUAAAUAUAACAAGGUAUACAUAAGUACACUCGUAUCUUGCAGUCUGUCAACAUUGUCAAGUACACGGAUCCAUAAGGAUGACCAUGCAGGAGAUCUUCAUGAGAUUACUUGGCAAUGGCUUCCCUUUUCAAAUUCAGCUCGAAAAGAUAAUUUGCAGCUUUACCACUGGGUCAGAGUUGUAAAUGUUGUUCCUCCUACAGGUGACUAUUCCUUUGCUAAAUAUAACAAGUGCAGUCUGUCAACAUUGUCAAGUACACGGAUCCAUAAGGAUGACCAUGCAGGAGAUCUUCAUGAGGUAGAUCAUUGA